GGUCACGUGAGCCCGUCUCCCCGGCCAGUCACAUGACCUGAAUCCCGCGCGCCGGGGGAAGAGGAGGAAGCGUCCCGCCUGAUCACGUGAUAGGGGAGGGGCGCCGGCGUCCAAGAUGGCGGUGUGCAUUGCCGUGAUCGCCAAGGAGAACUACCCCCUGUACAUCCGAAGCAUCCCAACAGAAAAUGAACUGAAGUUCCAUUAUACAGUGCACACUUCCCUGGAUGUUGUGGAUGAAAAGAUCUCUGCCAUGGGGAAGGCCCUUGUGGAUCAGAGAGAGCUCUAUCUGGGACUUCUGUACCCAACUGAAGACUACAAAGUAUAUGGCUACGUGACAAAUUCCAAGGUGAAGUUUGUUAUGGUGGUAGAUUCUUCAAACACAGCACUUCGAGACAAUGAGAUCCGCAGCAUGUUCCGAAAGCUGCAUAAUUCAUACACAGAUGUAAUGUGCAACCCCUUUUAUAACCCUGGGGACUGCAUUCAUUCCAGGGCCUUUGAUAAUAUGGUGACCUCCAUGAUGAUGCAGGUGUGCUGAAGCUCCAGCCAUUCUCUUUGUGUUUGAGAACAUUCUCUAUUGUACAGAAGUGUAUCUUUGAAGCUGUGUGUAUAUAGUCUUUAAACUUGUUCUAUGUAAAAUAAACCCAUUGCUGUUUGGA